UCUUCAGUAAACGGAAGUAAACAGUGACCAAGAACAAGUUCCCCGUUAACGUUUUUAUUGUUAAUUGGAUGUUUCUUAAACACUGGUACUCAACAUGAUUAAUUUGACUGCACAGUAGCUUACUUGGUGUUUAAUUCGCUUUAGAGAUGACUCGAUAGGUGUUCUGGUAACGCUAGUUAGCUGCUAACAAUGGCUAACUGUUUGGUUUUUCACACUCAAAUAGCCUCCAUCAUGGAGGUACUAGCGAAUACAGCCGUGGCAGAGAUCUGUAAACUCGUAGACGACGACUAUGCAGUGUUUCGUUUGGAAAUAACUCUAAGCCGGGAAGAGAACAGGACAUUGCGCAGGAAACUACAGCUACUAGAACUGAAGGUGUCACGGGAGCGCGUCUUUGCCAGACGUCCCAGUAGUGUCAAGAUCGUCGACCGAUGCAGAGGAAUGGAAAGAGGUGAAGGACAUCUCACUGGAGGCCACGGGAGCUUUGUGAAUCCAGUGGGACAGAAUGCUUGGAGAGAUGACCAAACAAUCACUGUUGGUGAGGGGAGUGGAACCUCAAUCCAGCACAUUAUCGUGAUAGAGUCUGCAGAGGCUGCAGGUCCUGGAGGAUCAUCUCUGGUGAAGCAGGAGAGGUCUGAAAGAGAGGAAGACCGACGGCACAGCAGAGACAUCCAGACUGGAGUAGCAGCUGGAACGUCCCCUGUAGCCACGGAUGACCCCACCAUUGCCCCAGCGCAGCCCUGGACCCGAAGCAGUGGAACGCUGAACGCCGUCCUCAAGUCAGAGACCGACAUCAAGACUUUAAUUGUAACACAAAGGCUCUUGCACACAGGAUCUGACCACAGAUCAGACCCAGAGAGACUGGGGCCACUGGGUUGUCCUACUGCUCCUGGCUCAGAGUAUUUACCGGUAUUUCAACAUAGCCAAAGGAUGGUUCAUUCCCAUGGAGAUGGUGACACGUUAGCCACUGGCGGUGAUGAUCUGUCUUGUUCUUACGCUACAGAGAUGGCCCCUGGCAACAUGCGCUUGGGUUUAGAGACACAGACUGAUCUGUCUAGAGGGGACUGGAACCAGUACAUUAGUAGUGUAUACUCUGAAGGCUGCCAAGAUAAGAAAGGGGAGGCUAUAGUGGUAGAGGUGAAAGUGGAGGGUGACGCUCCUCCCACAUGGAAUGAAAAUUGUCCGUCUCCUAGGUGACUCUCACAGGGCAGAGAUUUCUUAGAUUACAGGGGAAGCUUAGAGACAAAUCUAAAUUGCGCCAACCACUCCCCUUUACACGCAUUCAGAGAUCGCGACCCAGUGUGCACAUCGAUGACACGUUCCGAUUCACACGGCCACUUCCUUUCAGAACUGAAAUGACCAAAGGGCCAAGGCUCGGGGAGCAACAUCGGGCAAUGGUAAAGAGAAACGGUUUCUCUGCAUGUUCUGUAACAAAGGCUUCAGCUGUACCCAGAAGGUGGAGAUUCACCAGUGUCCACACAGGGGUGAAACCCUUCAGUUGUACCCAGUGUCACAUGCGCUUCGCCCUGGCUGGCAAACUGAAGAUGCACCUGAUGGUCCACACAGGAGAGAGGCCAUUCGCCUAUAGGCAUUGCGGGAAGAGGUUCUCAGAGAGGAGCUACCUAGGUUUCCAUCCCAAUUGGUGACAGAUUUUCAUUGUGAAUAUUGUAACCGUAAAAGCCUUGGUUUCAUGCAU